AUCUGCACGAUCCACGAUGGCUAUGGUUUGUGCAUUCCUCACGAUUCUGGUAGUUAUGAGCCACUGGUCAACCUGCUGUCUAGGAUGUAACCUGCCUCACACUCAUAACCUCACAGUCCUGAAACAAAUGAGUCGACAGUCCCCUGUCUCCUGCCUGAAGGACAGAAAAUACUUCGAAUUACCUUUGGAGAAGGUGGAUGCCCAGCAGAUCCAGAAGUCUCAAGCCAUCUCUAUCCUGGAAACUCUGACUAACCAGGUCCUGACCCUCUUGGAAUCAAAGGAGUCACGUGCUACUUGGGAUGAAACCCUCCUAGACUCAUUCUGCAAUUACCUCUAUGACCAUCUCAGAGACCUCAAAGACUGUCAGAAUCAGCAGGUUGGAGAGCAGGAAGUUCCCUUGACCCAGGAACCCUCCUGGCUGGCUGUGAGGGAAUACUUUGGCAGGAUCACCAUGUACCUGAAACAGAAGAAACACAGCCCCUGUGCCUGGGAAAUUGCCAGAGCAGAAGUCUGGAGAGCCCUGUCUUAUUCAGACAUGUUCCUGGCAAUACUGAGUGAAGAGAAGGAAUGAGUUCUGAGACAUUUGGAGAGGACUCUCCUGGACUACAACACUGCAUCUCACAUUAUAGUCUCUCCUUAAAAAGCUCUCAUUACUUUCAGUGUGAAUACAAGCAACCUGCCUAGACGGUUCGGCGAUAUUGAGCAAUUAUUUUCAAUAUGUAAAACCGUUUUUGUAU